AUGUCAUUUGAACAAAAAAAUAAGAGAAGUCGACCUAUCUUAGUCUGUAAUAAUUGUCAUAAAAAGAAGAAAAAGUGCGACCGUAAUCUUCCGUGUGCAAAUUGCAUUAAGUUAAAUAUUGAUAGCACCUGUGCUUAUAGUAACAAUAAUGAUAUUAGCCGAACAAGAAAGGAAAAAAACCUUACGAAAUCAAAAAGUAGUAUAGAAAAUGAAGAUAUUUUAACCUUUAAUCCAUCAGUUUCUCAGAAAAUUGAAAAACUCAAUAACAAAAUUAAAGACCUAGAAGCUUCGAUAGCCAUAGCCACUUUACGAAAUAACAAUACUUCUAAUACUAGCACUGACGGUGAAAUCAAAAAUCUGAAUGGCUCCAGCGUUCUGGGGUUGCUAGCAGUUGAACCUACAGAUGGUUUCGAAAACUCAUUACUCUGUAUUGGUAAAAAUCCAGUGGAUUCAGAGGACCAAACAAUCAAUUUUCUUGCCACAUUUCAUGGUACCUCUGAUGGUAGAGUGAGAGCUCAAACAUCUCCUCUUGGGCCCUUACGCUUUCUUGUUUUGCUGAGGGAAGACCCUUGUGGAAUUAUGACGUGGAAAUUUCUAGUAGCACACGCCCUGAAGAAGUUGUCUUUAGAAGAAUCAAAAGGAGAAGCUUCAUCUUUACCGAAUCAAACAUUGGAAAAUAAAUCUCGUAAUUUUUACGGUAGAAGUUAUAUCAAAAAGAUUGAGAAGGGCAAUUCUAUAUCCGACAUUAUUGAAAUGAAGAGCGCUAUAUCUAACUUUGGAUUAAAUCUAGGAAUAAGUCUUUAUCCAGGAUCUGAGUUAUGGAAUGAUACCUGUUUAGCUGAUCAGAUCAAACAUAUUUUACCAAGCAGAAAAAUAAUUUGGCUACUUGUUAAUCGUUUUUUUGACUGCCUAUAUCCAUUUUUCCCGAUACUAGAUGAGAAUACUUUUAGAUCUUGCAUAACCCGAAUCAUUGGAGAAGAUGUUGAAAGACAUGAAGAAAAAGGUGUUGAAACUGUAAAAUUGGGAAAUAUGAAAGACAUAUUUCUUUCAGCAAUUCUAUUGAUCGUUCUAAGAUUAAGUUAUUUAUCAUUAUUAGGUAACAAUGCAAAAAAAAAUGAAUUCAGGUUGAACUCAGAAGAAAUGAAGUUGGAUUCUGAAAGCCAAAUAUUGUUGAAUAAUCCUAUCCCUUUAGAAACCUUAAGUAUAGUAGAAUUAUGCAUUAACGAAUUUGGAUGCAUUAAGGAGCCGACUUUGGAACUUUUUCAAGCAUUGGCUAUCAUUCAAAUUUAUAGGACAUACGCACCAGAGGAAGAUACCUUUGGCAGGUUCGAAUCUGCAAUUAGUAUUGGAAACUUAUAUCAAAUGGCCAAUUCAUUAUUUUUGAAUCGAGAUCCAGAUUGUCUUUUGUACCUUUACGAAAGCAAUGUCAACGAAGAAACAAAAAUGUUGAGAAGAAGAUUAUGGUAUUAUCUUAUUAAUGCGGAUAUUGAAGAUUCUAUAGUUUACGGUACUCCUAUUCAUACAUCUGAGUCUGAUUUUGAUACAAAAACUCCUUAUAUUCCGGAAGGUGCUCAAAAUACUUUUGAUUUAGAUAAGGAACGUCUAUUUAUAUUGAAUGUAAAUGAGUUGAACCCUAUAAUAACUGCUGUUCAUAAAAUUCUUCAAAAGAUUUACAAGGUCAAAUCAGAUAUGAAAAUUUUUUCUUUGGCUGAAUGUUUAUCUGAUUUUGAACUUUUGGUGCAAAAUAGUCUAGGGCAUUUAAAUGAGUACUUAGUUGCCGAGACUGAAUUUGACUAUAAUAAGACAUUAAAAAUACAGAAAUUCAGAUUAUAUAUAUAUUGCAAAAUAAUGUUGCUGUAUAUUUAUUAUGGAUUUUAUUUAUAUUAUGAGAAAAGGAAAAUGUUUAAAUUCAGUUUGUUUUACUUGAAGAAACUGAUAGCAAUUAUUUUCUACGAAAUGGCAGGUAUUUCGAAGGAAUUUUUAUAUUCAGCUGACGAAUACUUUGGACGUGCCUUUGCUUUAACAGCCACUCCUAUUCUUCAAGUAUUUAAUAGAAUGGAAGCUGUGCUAAUUCAAUUUCAAAUUAGAAUUAAUUGUACCCUGCGGAUGAUAAAAAACAAAUUACUUGCCAACAAAAUAAUAAGCUCGGUACACAAGGAUCUAUACCUUCAACGCCUAAAUAAUAUAUGUGAUCUCUUAAAAACAUUUGAAGCUAAAAACGGUCAAUUUAUAUCGAGUUUGAGCAGUCGGUAUUACUAUUCAUGGAAAGUAAAAUCACUUUUUAAUGGUUCAAAUAUUUUAUUUGGUGGCAUAAUAAGCCUUUUAGAUGAAUCGAUUACUAAUGAAGCAGCCUUAAAUUUUUCUUUGAAUGAACUAGGUGAUUUAGAAAGUUUGUUAAGCAUUUGUCUUGAUCUUAAAGCUCAAGCUAAUAAUAAACAUUCAAAAAAUAUGAGCUCUCAUAAAAAUUUCAAUGAAUAUAAAGAAUUAUCUGAUCCUGAAAAAAAGUUAAUGAAUGAUGCACAAAUUGACAGGCUCUGGAAAUAUAUAGAAAUAUACAGACAGGAAUUGAAUAGUUCUUUUAAAAAGAAUGUCUUCGCCAGAAUUGGGGGGAAAGUGUCCUCCGUUAAUCAAAUGUCUUUAGCUGACGACUCUGGAUUAAUAGGUAACAUUCAUACCGAUGUGCUUCAUGAGGACUUUAUAUAUAGAAAUCUCUUAAGUGAUGAUUUCUUCUUUGACAAUAAUUUUAAUGCAAUAAGUUAA